AUGAAAAAAUUGGAUGAAAUUUGCUCUCGACUUCAUGAAAAACGAAAACAACAACAACAACAACAACAACAACAACAACAGCGACAACAACAGCAACAACAAUUAUUUAACAACAUAUCACGAAAUAAAACGUCUCGAAAAAGAUGCUUAAAAGAUAAUUUAUCAAUUGAAGAAAUAAAUUCAUUGAAGGCUUGCAAAAAAGUUUCAAUUAAUCGAAAUUCUUCGAUAAGAUUUUCAAAAAUUGGAAGUGAUAUCGAAAAUUCGAUUAAUUGUAGCACAGCAAAUGCUUGCUUGCCUAUUGCUAAUGCGGAAAACCGAGAAAUCAGUAUUACUCAGCCACAUUUACUUAUUCCAAAGCUUAUAUCAAUGAUAUCAGUAAUUAUGAAUCCAAUUUUAUCAUCAGAAAUGAUUGUUGCAUUUUGCAGUCGACCAUUUUGUAAGUUAAAAAAGCGUCUUCAUUAUCAUUGCAAUUUUUGCGAGCAAGGAUUUAGUCAUGUCGAUCGCUUUUUACGCCAUUUUCAAAAGCACUAUCAAUUAGUGAUUGGUUCAUCAAAUUCCAAAUUUUUAUCAAAUGCUCGAUUGAAACAAUAUGAAUUUCAUCCGAAAGAAUUCGUCUCAAUUAUUCAUUCCAUUCCUACUGAAACAAUUAUUAAAUCAACUACAAAUACAAACAAUGAACAACGAAUGAAUAAUAAACCAUUGAAAUUUAUUGAUUGUACCGAUGAAACAAAAGCUUCUGUAAUUGGGGUGAAGGAACAACGAUUACCAUAUAAUUGUACAAAAUGUGGUUAUAAAGCAAUUGAUAAGACGAAAGGAUUGCUUCAUCUCAAACUUCAUGAUAAGACUAAUAAUUUGCAAUUAGAGCAUAUCAUACAUUGA